AUGAUUCCAGGGAGAGUUUCGGGCAAGACAAACCUUCUCUUCCAGAGAGCUCAGAGUAUGCGAAGUGUCCUCUCAGUUGCGGAUGUCGUUGAUCUAGUGUUUUCCAAUGCGGUAUCUGCUCAUACGCUCUGCAGCUUGAUCAGACACCUUCAGGAAACGAUUCUCGCCUCCACCCACCGUGGAUUGGACAGUUACUAUCAGCUCUUCAAAAGUCUAAGAGCUCUUGGGCUAACCGAUAAGUACAGAAUGGUGCCAUCGGCAACUUUGGCGAUAAGAUCGAUAUGUGCGCCACUGUAUAAGGCUCGCUGGAUUCCUCCUAUGGCAGGCCUGUCAGCCAAUGCUUCUCAUGAUCUUGACCGUCCUCGCACUUUUGCUUGUAUUGCUAUGUUUGAGUCAGGACAUCUUAAUCUCGAUCCCUAUUUACUAAAUGAGGUCUUCCCAAUGCCCUCAGUUGACUCGCUGUUUAUCAGUGGUUCAAUUUUAUGUGAUCCUUCAGAAGUUCCAGAUCAGUUUGAGGUACAUCGUGUUGUUGGCAAUGUCGGUCGCGCGGGCAUAGCCCUCCUAAUACCGCCGCAAGCUCCUCAGAUUAAGGCGGUUGAUAUUGGAUCAUGGAACUUGCUCUCACACGAUAAGUUUGACGGGGAGAUAAUCGAUUCCUUUCCGGGUACAUCAAUGCACCUAGCCUUCUCAGGAUAUAAGCUACCUCUUCAGACUGGUGCUAAUGAUAUGCAAGAUGUCGAUGCCUAUUUGCUAGAGUCGAUCGUCCAAGUCCGGGACAAAGGUAAAUGGGUUGCAGAUGUUGAUAUCCUCAAAGCUGUGAAGCCCCGGCGCAACCUCAGCCGCGUGGGGCGGUACCGAAGCAAUGACAGAUGCGAUCACUGUGUAUCUCCAACCACGAUUGACAUACCCAUGACCUCUAUAGACACAUGGGAAGAAUUGCUUGAGGGCCCUGAAAGACUAGCCGUUGCACGAGCUCAUGGCAAUUGA